AUGCACACAGGAUCACAGCACCACGCGUGUGAUGGCUGGAACAUGACCCUAACCCGGUUCCCCUUGUCCCCAGGAGGCCCGGGUAACGGAGGCGGAGAAGCCCCCCCCCCCGCCGAGCAGGAGGACCGGCCUCGGCCUCAUGUGCUGACCGGAACCGGCUUCUGCAAGUGGUUCAACGUCCGGAUGGGCUUUGGAUUUAUCUCACUGACGAGCAGCGAGGGGAACCCGGUGGAUCCGCCCCUGGACGUGUUCGUGCACCAAAGCAAACUGGUGAUGGAGGGCUUCCGCAGCUUAAAGGAGGGUGAGCAGGUGGAGUUCACCUAUAAGAAGUCCUCUAAGGGCCUGGAGUCCCUGCGGGUGACGGGACCAGGUGGGGGGCCCUGCUCAGGCAGCGAGAGGAGACCCAAGGCGAAGGUCCCACUCCCGAAACGCAAACCAAAGGUAGACCGCUGUUAUAACUGUGGAGGUCUGGACCACCAUGCCAAGGAGUGUGGCCUGCCCCCCCAGCCAAAGAAAUGCCACUACUGCCAGAGCAUCACGCACAUGGUGGCUCAGUGUCCCCACAAGGCGCUGACGCCCCCCUCAGGCUCUCAGGACCAACAUGCGUCUACCUCGGCCACCAGCCCGGGGGCCGGGCCCUACCUCAGCCCCCAGGAGGAGGAGGAGCGCUCCGGCUCCUCCCCCCUGGAGGGCUCCUCCUCCUCCCCCGAGGAGCCACACACACACCGCGGCCCCCGGACCCAGAGGUGGAGGAAAUCCUGA